CCUGGGCGAGCGGGCGCCGUGCGCGUGUCCCGCGGCCAAGCUGCUAAUAAAGUUGCACUGAGGGGAAGCGCAGCGACGGCGCCGGGGGAGUGUGUCCAGCCGGCGGCUGCUGUUAUUACGUGGAGUUUGGAGCCUAAGCUUUGAAAACUCCCAUGUGGCGCCUGUCUUAAGUUGGAGCAUGCUCAGUAGCCAAAAACGGAUUUCGGUUGCAAAAAGAACUGGGGCGAGGAUAGCCCGGGUAUUUGGACGUGUGCCCGAUUCCUAACAAAUGUUCCAAUUCUGGUUUUGAUGGCAUUGAAGAAUGGAGCUGUAGGCCAUCCUGGAGCUGUUUUUUCCCUGUGCAGUGAACCCUGGGAUUGCAAGAAUAGGGAACAACUCAUAAGAGACAAUUUAACAAAAUUUAACCUUCACAAAGGACUUGAACCAAUGAAAGAAUCUUAUGGCACUUAUGAAGAUAAAUGUCACUCCUCCCUUUUUAAUUGGAACUUCUGCUUAGAACCUGUAUGUGACUUUUCAUCUGUGAGCUGUUCUUUGAGUAGCCACUGACUUUGAGUUGCAGGAAGGUCUCUGAAGAUUUAUAUCAAAUGACGUCAAUGGCCAGCUUGUUUUCCUUUACUAGUCCAGCAGUAAAGCGAUUGUUGGGCUGGAAGCAAGGUGAUGAAGAGGAGAAAUGGGCAGAAAAGGCAGUCGAUGCUUUGGUGAAAAAGCUAAAAAAGAAGAAGGGUGCCAUGGAAGAACUGGAGAAAGCCUUGAGCAGUCCAGGACAGCCAAGCAAAUGUGUCACUAUUCCCAGAUCUUUAGAUGGACGCCUGCAGGUUUCCCACAGAAAAGGCUUACCCCAUGUUAUAUAUUGUCGCGUUUGGCGCUGGCCUGAUUUGCAGAGUCAUCAUGAGCUAAAGCCAUUGGAUAUUUGUGAAUUUCCUUUUGGAUCUAAGCAGAAAGAAGUUUGUAUCAACCCAUACCACUAUAAGAGAGUGGAGAGUCCAGUCUUACCUCCAGUAUUAGUGCCUCGUCACAAUGAAUUCAAUCCACAACACAGCCUUUUGGUUCAGUUUAGAAACCUGAGCCACAACGAGCCACACAUGCCACAAAAUGCAACGUUUCCAGAUUCUUUCCACCAGCCCAACAACACUCCUUUUCCCUUAUCUCCAAAUAGCCCUUAUCCCCCUUCCCCUGCUAGCAGCACAUAUCCCAAUUCCCCAGCAAGUUCUGGACCAGGAAGUCCAUUUCAGCUCCCAGCUGAUACUCCUCCUCCUGCCUAUAUGCCACCAGAUGAUCAAAUGGGUCAAGAUAAUUCCCAGCCGAUGGAUACAAGCAAUAAUAUGAUUCCUCAGAUUAUGCCCAGUAUAUCCAGCAGAGACGUUCAGCCUGUUGCCUAUGAAGAGCCGAAACAUUGGUGUUCAAUUGUCUACUAUGAAUUAAACAAUCGUGUUGGGGAGGCUUUUCAUGCAUCUUCUACUAGCGUGUUAGUAGAUGGAUUCACAGACCCUUCAAAUAACAAAAGUAGAUUCUGCUUGGGGUUGUUGUCAAAUGUUAAUCGUAAUUCAACAAUUGAAAACACUAGGCGACAUAUCGGAAAAGGUGUUCACCUGUACUAUGUUGGUGGAGAAGUGUAUGCAGAGUGCCUCAGUGACAGCAGCAUAUUUGUUCAGAGUAGGAACUGCAACUUCCAUCAUGGCUUUCAUCCUACCACUGUCUGUAAGAUUCCCAGCAGUUGCAGCCUCAAAAUUUUUAACAACCAAGAGUUUGCUCAGCUUCUGGCUCAAUCUGUCAACCAUGGAUUUGAGGCAGUGUAUGAGCUCACCAAAAUGUGUACCAUUCGAAUGAGUUUUGUCAAGGGCUGGGGAGCAGAAUAUCACCGGCAGGAUGUUACCAGCACCCCCUGUUGGAUUGAGAUUCAUCUUCAUGGGCCUCUUCAGUGGCUGGAUAAAGUCCUGACUCAGAUGGGCUCCCCUCUGAACCCCAUAUCUUCCGUCUCAUAGUGCAGAAGUAGUCUUUUCAAUUAUAUUAUUAAUGGACUUGUUUUAAUUUUAGGGAAACUUUCAGUACAGAUACUGUGAGCUUACAUGGAAAACAGAUAUUACAGCUUAUUUUUUUUCUACAUAAUUGUGACCAAUACAUUUGUAUUUUGUGAUGAAUCUACAUUUGUUUGUUAUUCAUGUUCAUGUGAUUAACUCUCAAAAGUGUUGUGAGAAAUGUAAAGUAAGUGUUGUACCCCAGUUCACAAGUUUGGCAUUGAUCUUAAACUGGGACAUAAUUUUGCCUUCUUGUCCCAACCAACUUGUUAUUUGUUCAGUUUUUUUGAAAAAGUAAUACAUCACGUGAUGACAAAUUAUAACAGUGUAAGAAGGUGUGCCGUGAAAAGUCUUCCCUUCUCCUCUUAACCCUACAGAAGAUCUACUUUUACCAGUUUCUUUGUCCUACCAAUGUGAAGAAAGUGUAAUUCAUUGUUUUGUAAAAGCAUAUGGUAGAGGCUGAAAAGAAACUAUAAAAAAAAAUCACCCUUUUAUUUGAAGGAACACUAUGCUGCACUGCUCUAACAAGUAGUGUUCAGUAAAAGCAAAGUGAUAGUUUUCUAGGUGAUGUCAUAAAAUUUACAUUUAAUACAGCUAAAUGUUUGUCAGUCUGUUGUGACUUCACUCAGUAUAUCUUUUGUAAAACAUUUCCUUUUUUAAAAAAAAAAAUUUAUUGUAAACAACAGAUCUCCAUUAUAUGUCAUUUACUCAGAAUCUGUCAUAAGUACUACUUUAUAGCUAGUGACAGUGCACGCACGGCCUUGUUCAGCUUUGCUGCUUUUGGCCAAUGUUGUAAGAACUCUAAUUUUGACAUGCAUUAAUCUUUUAUUUUGCACUUUGAUGGGUGACAGUUUCUAGUGUAAUCUUUUGUGAAACACACUCAAGUGACUUGGACUUGGAUGCUCAUCCUUACUUCCUUGGUACCCUUUUGUAUUAACAAACACUGCAGUUUAUAGAUUACAGUUGUAGGAAGUUAUACUUUUUCUAGCUUUUGUUGUAUUUUUCAACCUAGAUUAUAAGACUGUUAUUCUAUAGCUCCAAUUUAAGGUGCCUUUUUAAGUCCCUACCGCUUUAUGGGUGUUAUCCAUGUUGGAAAAUCACAUACUUAAUCCCAUUGCUCUUACUGGCAUCAGUUGCCCUGAGCAAGGAACAGACCUGUGUCCUGUAGCCAGAAGAGCCUCUUCAGUCUGGCCCCAAGUUGAGGCUACUGGUCUGGUACUUGAAUGAAUAAGCAGUGGUUGUGGAGAUAGUUGACUUUAAAAUAUUCACAUAUCAAAGACUGCAGACUGUUCUCAGUUACCAUGCAUGCUGGUUUUUUCCUCUUCUUUUUUUUUUGCACCUCUGUGGUUGCUAGUCUCUCAGAGCACAGUCCUCAAGAGAGGAAAGACAUGGAUACUCUGAAAUACCCGUUCAGUCAGUCAGUCAUGCUUGAAGGCUUUGGGUAAAGAACUUUUAACCUCUUUUUCUAGAGAGCAGUCAAAUGGACACUUUGUUAUGGCAUGAGAACAGAGACAUUAUUUUGAAAAAAAAAAGACUUAAUUUACCUAUUGGAGAAAGCUAUUUUCUGGUGCCUUUUGAAAGUAUAUGGAGCCAUGUCAGUCUUCUAUUUAAAAUGUCAGUUUGGUUUGACUUUCGACUUUGCCCUUUCUGCUUUUAAGAGAAGAAAAAAUUGCAUUUUUUGAGGAAAGGAGAAUGCAGUUGGUUUUGUUCUCUGUGCCAUUAUUUAUUGCUUUUACAAAGUGCAGCCGGUGGGUGGCUUUAGUUCUUUCAGGUGACGAGCCAUAUGUGUUUCAGCUUGCGGUUCUUUGCUGGGUAAAAGGAUCCUUUCUGACCCUCGCCUGAGUUACACAUAAGUUUUACAUGACAUGCAUUCUUCAUCUUCCAGAGUUGUGUCAGCCACAUGAAAGAGAAUUAUUUGCUUCGUGUUCAAACGCAGCUACUUACAUUAUUCUUUUGCUUCCCAGGUUUAUGGCACAAUCUUUGGAACAAAUUUAUAGGAAAAAAAACCAUCCAGGUUGAAUGACAGAUACACGUAAUCAACUUCAGUGGGCUUGAACUGGUGGAAACUAUUGAAUUGUUUUAUUGAUAUUUUCAAUUGAGUUAAGUAAAAAUUGUUUUUAUUCAUGUUACAGCCUUUAGAAAGUUGGCAGAGUUUUAUGUGAUUGGCCUUUUCUGUGUUUUCCCUAAGGAAUUUUAUCUCAUGAAGGGCAGUACUGAAGCUCUUAACUGUUAAAAAGUUUCAUGGAAAAGUAUAAGCCUGUUGUAUUUCCUAAAAGUGAUUAACUCCCCAUCCCUGGAUUUUAAGUGAAAAUUGUAUUCUGUGUAGCUGCUUCUCUAAUUCCCGAGGGUGCCCAAAAUCCAUGGAUGGGAAAUAAAAAUUGCCAGUGACCAAUGAAAAGAAGACACUUCUGAAAGAAACCUUUUCAGAAAAUUACACUUUUAAAUUUUUAUUUAAUCUCUAGAAUGGUUUAUAGUCAAAUUUAUGGAAACAUCAACACCACUGGAACAAUCACGUUUUAUAGCUUGUAUAACAAAUUAACAUAUGUGAGCUGAAAAGACCAGAGUCUGGAAAUAAUAAAAUGACAACUGGUUUGGUAAAUGCAGAAAGAGAAAUGGAAACAAAAUUAAUCUGAGUAAUGAAUUAAUGCAACAGAAAGAUGAUUGGGAAAAAAAUUUAAGAGUUGCAUUUGAUCAGCAUCUCUUCAUAAUAAAGUAUUAUGGUCUUUUUGGUAUUGCUUGGCUUAAGUUAUGGAAUGUCAACUAGUAGGCAUGUUAUUGAUCUGAAGCUAACACUUUUUCCUUAGCGAUUAAAGAAGACAUCAAACAAAAUGUCAAGUCAUAUACAUCAGAAUAUAAAUCAUUUUUCACAUUUUAUUGUUAUAUAAGGAAACUGUGGUAAUAGAAUUGGCUGGGUUUCUGAGUUGAAAUCCACAGUAAGAUUACUAGGUAGUUCAGUGAGCUAUAUACCUCAUAAUACAGAAAGAGGAUAUAGCUACUUUAUACUUUUCACAACAUUUGGGAGUAAGAUAUCCUUUUAAGAUGUAAAAUGAUCAAUAAGUGUUCGGAUCUGAAAUCUCUUGUCAGGAUGAGAACUGGGGCUCACAUUAUAAAACCCUUGAGGGUACCUGUGGGAAACAGUCCUCCUGUAAUAGUAUUCUGUUGAAGGAGAAGGUUUAUACAAAAAAUAAAAUCCUACCAGUAGCAGAGAACCUCCAAAAAGUCUGAUAGUACCUGUUUAAGUACUGUCCUUUACAGAGAGCAUCUAAUACAUCAGCUUAGAUCAAUUUCUUUAUACUCUUUGUAGUUCCUUGCUCAGUAUUACUUUGGAUUGUUAUCACUUUCCCACUUAAAAUAUUUUGGUUAUCUUUCAUACUUAUUGAAGAAGGAAGGCUCUUCUGAUAAUUUUGAAUUCAACUUCCAGUGAUGACUUCAGUUUUAGAUCUGUUAAUAGGGUCUGAGCCCUUCUUUGUCUUAGCAGUUAAAUCCUCACUCCCUCUCUCAGAUAGGAAUAUAGAUGUGUGUCCUCAUUAUAGCAAGGAGCUAGAUAAGCAAGGAUCUUUUAAAGUGGUAGAUAGAGCAUGGUGGUUUCAGGCAUGUUUGGUGAUUUUUGUGGGAGGGAGUUUUCCUGAACAUUGGUUUAUGGGUGGUCUCCUGAGAUACUAAGCAGGGCAGCUUCCUGGGGGUAAUCUCAGGCUUGAGGCCUGUUUCCUCCAGAGCAGCACCCAUUUUCCCGGGUGAUGCCGGUGGGAUUUGGGGAAGGUUUUCUCCUCACAGCAGAUGCAUGUAUGGGAAGUGACAAUUCAAGGCAUUUCUUCUGCAUAAACUGGUGCCUGCUGGACUUAGGAGAGGGGACAGUAUUUAUCCAACCUUUGUUCUGUUGGAUUAUUCCUAAUAGAAGCUUCUCUUCUAAAAUACAACUGUGUUACAACUGAAGUGUUAACCUGAAAUUGGAUGGUUUACAAAAACCAAUGAGAAGGAGUUCACAUAGCAAAAAAAUAUUUUUUUCAAAUAAGAGCUUAUGAUACAAUACUUGCUGGUAGCAGUUGCUGUAAAACAAAUAAUGGGAUGUUUUGGUGAAAAGAUGCAAGUGCAGGAUUCUUCUGUCAUUCAUGGCAGAAUGAAAAAGAUCUGUGUGGUUCUUGUCCAAAUAAUUCAAUUCUGAAAAUUCUUGGAAUCAUCAUAAACCAUUGUCCUUUAAGGAUUCAUUUGAAGGUAGUGUUCUUAAAAAGUUCAGAAUUUUGUGUAUGGGUAGGUUCUUUUCCCUCAGUAAGUAGUGCCUUGUUGAUACUAGCCGGUAUUGACUAUAAUAAAACGACAGGCCAAACAAUUCUACGUUCCUUACUUUUACAAGGAAUUUUUUAGAAUCGGAUUUUUCCCUUCUCAUGUCAUUGGAGAUGAUGUUGCCUUGAUUUAUUCAUGAAGUAUUUUAUGUGUAGGGACUCUUGAAGAUAAUAGUUGGGCAAGUGAUUUUCUUCUUAAUCUGGUGGGUUAAAAUUGCAUUUUGAAAAUCACUUAUUUUAAAAUUGGAUAGGAUUGUAAUCAAGAAAACUGGAUGUUUGUAUGUACCGGCCCAUCUUCUCUUAAAAAGGUUUUGCAUAUGCAGAUGAUAAAGACCAAACCAAUGGCUGCACUAUAGAUCUGCUUCUUAUUUGUACUUGUUCUGCUUCCGUUUUUGUUGUAGAAAAUGAAAUUCUAGCAACAUGUUUCAAUUCUGUUGCCUUUUUGAUACUUAUAAAAAUGUAUUAGGUUUUACUAUAUUGUGCUUUUCAAAGCCAUAGCUCUUAAGAACUUUGUUUUUGCAUAUUGUUUGCUAAUACUUUAUUUUAAUAAAUCUCGAAACCUGCUUAA